AGACCUGAGUCAUUGUGACGGCGAUCUUGGACGUGCGUUGCAGGUUAAAAUCCCAGUUGGCGGGUUUGCUCUUGUACUUUGAGUACCACUUCAGACUCCAAUGCUACCGUAAUCUAUCCGCGUAGCGGUAUUUGCUGUGGGAGAGAUCCGCGCUGCGGAUCUUUAGCAAUCUAAUUUUUCUUUUUUAUCCAGUCAUUCCCCAAAAGUAGCGCCAAGAGAGCGAGGCUGAGCCAGAUUGCAAGUGCUGCUCUGCCUCGGGUCGGAACAGGCUUGGCUCCUUGUUAACAUGGGGAUUUCUGUACGCCGCCCCACCCAAUUCUUGAUUCGGGACACGUUUGUACCAGUUUAUUCAGAAAUGAAUCGCAUUCAUUAUUUUUGUUGCAAAUUAUAAAGGAACAAAGUUCACCCAAAUCAUAUGACCCCGAUUCUCUUGAAACUGCUGGUAAAGGGUGACGGUUUCAAGAGCUCCUCCUCCUCAGUGAGCAUUCAAAGACAGAUGACCGUAGCUCUGUCAGGGCGAAUGACGACGUGAGCGGUAGAUCUGCUCUCCCCUCCGCAUACCGGGCAGUGUCUUCCUGGUUGGAUCUCCAUCCACGACUGCAGGCCUCACGUCCGCCCCAACUGAGUUAUGCUGAGUGAGGGCUUCCUGUCUGUGCUCAGGUAUAAAAAGGAGGCGGUGGACAGGACACCCCCAAGCCCUGGCACCAGAGGUACCCAUACCUGCACUCGCCCUGUCGAGGUCACCCCAGACCUCGUAAGGCUCAAGCGUCUCAAAGGCCAAGAUAAGCCACCAGGCAUGUCGAAAGUUGUGGAGAACCUGAGCUCUGAGGUGUUGGCCCAGCCAAGCCCCACCCUCUCCAUCCCUGGCACCGAAGGUCACCCCUACUGGGGACUGGAGCUCUACCGCUCCUGGUGCUGCCACAGUUUUUGCAAAGAUUACCCCGAUCUGCAGCUGAGAGGGGACCUCAUUGGGAAUAAGGCUUCCGAGAGCCCCGUCCUGGACGAUAAGGCCGAUGGGGGCCCAUUUCUGAAGUCCGAGGAUUUAGCCGAGAUGGCGCCCCUUCUGCUGGAGCCGAUCUUCUUGGAUCCACAGUGUGAUGUGGCGCCCCCGGCUGGAGAUGCAGCAGACAGCAGCAUCAUCCUGGCAGGGGAGCCGCAAUCUGAUUCGAUGCUCAACAGCUACCUGGAGAACAAGCAACUGGAGGUCUACUUGCAGCACCUACAGGACAUGCUGGCCCGGGGGGGCUCUUCACCCAGCUGCAUGCUCCCUCCCAGCCCUAACCUGGCCCCGUCCACACCAGCCCUGUCCAACCCCCUCCAGUUCAACCAGCAUCAAUCCACAGAGCCUAGUGCAGUGGGUCGCCUGACCUCCCAGUCCAACACCGCUAUCAGCUCCCACUUCAGCUCUCCUGUGCUACGUAUCUCCAAUUCUGACCCAGGGCAGAGGCAGGCUCCUCUCUGCCACUACGACCUGCAGGCGCCGUGCUCUAUGAAGCCGGGUCAAAAUCCAAACCUUCGGUGAGAAACAUGCUUCUUUUGGCUGGUAACUCUGGUAACAUCCCAAAUAAGUUCAGGUUUCAUUCAUAUAGUUGCUGACAGUAGCUAGAAGUCGUUAACUAGAUCAUAGGCACACAGACACAGGCCUUCCUUAAGAAGGAACAGUUCAGGUUAUAAUAGACCAGCAUUACUCCAAACCAGAGUUUGUCAAUCUCCCAGGGAGCAAAAAUGUGGACUGGGGGGUCCCUGAAGACUGGUUUGAGAAACACUGCUCUAAAUGGUUCUUUGAGGCUGUAAAACAUAGAAAAUGCCCCCCCCCCCCUCUACAUUUGACAUGAUGUUACUUCCUGUCUAAUUAGAAUUCUGCACUAUUUCCUGUUUCUUAUGUGUGACUUGUAAGCGGGCGAGAAGAUAGAAACAGUUGUGUGACGCAUGACAUGUCGUUUAUGGUGUCUGUAGAACUGCAUAUGCAGGAAGUCAUAUUUCUGGAACAGUAGAACACGCAAAGUGGGAGGAGAAAUCGAAACUGUUCUGUACGAAUGGUCCGCUCUACCCUUCAGCCGGAAUCACAUAUUGUUCCCUGAAUUAAACUAAUAUAAGUGUGGCCGUCACGUGGACACGAAGCCACGAGGACAGAGAGAUGGGAAAAACGGGAACCUGUGCAAGAAAGAAGAAAUUCACUGAAUUUCAUUCUUUGUAAAGCAGGAUGCCUGCGGUUUACAGGAUUAUAACAGCACUGUGUUUUAAGAAAUGUUACACUAUCUGAUUAGUUUAGUCAUUGUGAUUUAAAUGUUAUAUAUAGUGUAAGUAGAUAAUGUGUUUUACAAAAUAAAUACAAUCCUCUUGAUGUAAAA